UACAUGUAAAUAUCUUUAUAGGGAAUGAAAAAGAGCCGAGUAGAUGCAAAAAAAAUGGGCCCUCUCAAGCUGGCUGCCCUGAAUGGACUGUCGCUGUCUCGCCUGCCUCUGCCCGACGAGGGGAAGGACGUGUCAGCCAGAGCCACCAAUGAUGAGAGGUGUAAAAUUCUGGAACAGCGGUUGGAACAGGGAAUGGUGUUCACAGAAUAUGAAAGAAUCCUUAAAAAACGGCUGGUCGAUGGGGAGUGCUCAACGGCACGACUCCCGGAAAAUGCCGAAAGAAACCGAUUCCAGGACGUGCUUCCCUAUGACGAUGCCAGAGUGGAGUUGGUCCCAACCAAAGAGAACAACACCGGGUACAUCAACGCAUCCCAUAUUAAGGUGAGAGGAGCAUUCGCAACGGUGAACGAGACCUGAGGUUCUGAGUUCAAG